AUGGAGCUCGAGGCUAUGAGUAGGUUCACCAGCCUGGUCAACCUGGCUGUCUUCCCACAUCUGACUGUGGUACUUCUGGCCAUUGGCAUGUUCUUCACCGCCUGGUUCUUUGUCUACGAGGUCACCUCCACCAAGCAGACACAUACUAUUUACAAAGAGCUCCUCUUCUCCUUGGUAGCCUCACUCUUCAUGGGUUUUGGAGUCCACUUCCUCCUGCUCUGGAUUGGCAUCUACGUAUGA